GUCAAAGUGAAGCUACGGAAAGCCGCUCAGUCCGAGAAAGCUCGUAUUGAUCAUUAAAGCAGCAAACUACGCACAACUGCACAACUGUUCGCGGAUACAGGUGAAGAUAGAAAUUAUUUAAACCAGAAUGAGGAGCAGCAGGUGUAGUGUGCAGUGGGGGGGUAUGCUCCUCUUUUUGUCCUGCUGUUUUCUGUGCGCUCACGCUCAGAUGAACCCAGACCACCACCAUCAGCAGCAGAUCGUAGAAAGUGCAGCCAGCCAACAUCGCCUGGAUAGAAACAUGGUUCAAGACAAAGACCACAUCAUGGAGCAUUUAGAGGGCGUCAUAGACAAACCAGAGAAAGACAUGACGCCCCAGGAGCUCCAGCUGCACUAUUUCAAAAUGCACGAUUACGAUGGGAACAACCUGCUGGACGGGCUGGAGCUUGCAACAGCAAUCUCACAUGUACACAGAGAGGAGAGAGGAGAGAGCAGCCAGCCAAUGAAAGAGGAGGAACUCAUUGCUCUCAUCGAUGACGUUCUGAAGGACGAUGACAAAAACAAUGACGGCUACAUAGAUUACGCAGAGUUCGCCAAAUCGCUGGAGUAGAGCGUCUUUCUGUUGCUUCCCGUCCACGACGACAGCGAGGAUUCAGCAGAGAGGCUGGAGGGUGAGCGUACCUGCAGCCAAAACUGAGAAGCCGCACAACUUUUUAGAGGACCGUCUUUGAUUUCUUUCUUGCAGAUUAUCGGUCAGGAGUAUCGAUCGUUCGUGAAACUUCUGACGGAUGAUUUUUCCAAGCUGAAUCAGCAGUAAUCUGAUAAAUGACAAAAAGGGUGGAACACAGGAUGCCCUUUGUUUCAGUUUCAGUCUGGUGGAGUCUUCCACUUCAUUAGGACCUUUUUUGUGUGU